UUCAAAACUUAUAGGUCCCAUAAUACAAAAUAUUGUUUGUAAGAAGAGAGCGAAACAGAACACAGCGAAGGAAUGGAGAGAGUGAUGAAGAUAAUAAAGCCAAAGCCUGAUCCGAAGCAAAUCUUGCGUGAUUGGCAACGUAAGCUUCGUCAGGAGUGUCGUAACAUCGAACGCCAAAUCCGAGAUAUACAGAAAGAAGAGAGAAAUGUACAGAAAGCUAUUAAAGAAGCUGCAAAGCGAAAUGAUAUGGUCUCAGCCAAGGCGCUUGCUAAGGAGAUUGUGAGUUCGAGAAGAACAGUGAACCGUCUAUACGAAAACAAAGCGCAGAUGAAUUCCAUUUCAAUGCACCUCGGUGAAAGUGUUGCUGUUGCUCGAACAGUUGGGCAUCUGUCCAAGAGCGCAGAGGUUAUGAAGCUAGUCAAUAACCUCAUGAAAGCCCCCCAAAUGGCUGCAACUAUGCAGGAGUUCAGCAAAGAGAUGACUAAGGCUGGAGUGAUUGAGGAGUUUGUGAAUGAUGCCAUUGACAAUGCACUGGAUUCUGAGGAUAUGGAAGAUGAGAUCGACGAUGAGGUUGAUCAAGUAUUGACAGCUAUUGCUGGAGAAACCGCUGCUGAGCUCCCAGAAGCUGUCAGGAAGGAAAGGAUAAAGGUACCUGCGCACAAGGCUAGCACUUCCCGCGAGGAAGAAGCAAUUGCAGAAGGUGAUGAUGACGAUGAGGAAGAACUGGAGGAGAUUCGAGCUCGGCUUGCAAAAGUUAGAUCCUAACUGAUUCCAAUUGACUUUUUUUAUUAUACCGUGUAUUGUAUAAUAUAAUUGAACUAACCGUAUGCAAUUUAAUCAUAAGGUUUCUUUUGUUAACUAAGUUUCGAUU